AUGUCCGAAGAACUUGAGAGGAAUACCCGUCUUAUCAACGAUAGUCAGCGUCCUGCAUAUCUUCUUCUUAUGGUUCAACAAUGGCUAAAUCUUGUGCUCGAUGUCGUGGUAAUGAUCAUGGCUGCGGUGUUGACAACUCUCGCAGUCCGCCUGCAUUCUAGCUCUGGGUUUACCGGUGCUUCACUGGUUACCCUCAUGAGUUUUGGCGAAAACCUCUCUGGUAUCGUCAUCUUCUAUACUAAGUUAGAGACCUCGAUCGGAGCCAUCUCUAGACUCAAGGCGUUCAAUGAGAGCGUACGACCCGAAGAUCGGGAUGAUGAGGAUGUAGUUCCUCCUAUUCAAUGGCCUCAGACUGGUUCGAUACGCUUGACCGGAGUUUCUGCUAGCUAUGGGUAA